GGAUGCUUGAUGAAGCGAAGUUCUACAAAUUAAAGCAACAAAGAAGAACUUUAGGAUGGGUAAAAGUUUCUCCAGUGCAUCUUCAAGCAGGAAAUCUGAGAUUCAGAACAACUUAUAUUUUGGCUGGUAAUCCUUGAUCAUGGGGUGAUCCAGAAAUAAACUACAGGCUUCAAAGUGAGAGCAUUUCAAAGCUGCCCUGCAGUAGAUCGGCGCACCCAAGGAAAGGCAAGAGAUGAAUACUAAAGGGGAUUUUCUGUACUGAGACUUACCCAAGGAGAGAACUCUUUGCAGCAUUAUUGUUUUGUUUCAGAAACCAUCAGGCAGGCAGAAGAUGGCUACAAAGAUUACGGCCACAACAAACACCCAAAGAGAAACAAUAGGUCAUGAGGAGUACAGUCUGUACAGUAGCAUGAGCGAAGACGAGCUUAUUCAACUGGCCAUAGAACAGAGCCUGACAGAAGAUCCCUCAGGUCAGUCAGCUGCCCAGAGUCAUCAGAAAUCAGUCAUGACAGCCCCAGGAGAGCCACCUACGUUGACACGUCCUUGCUCUCAUAAUCCACCACACCAGAUCAAUACUUGGCACAGGUUGGCAGCCCAGACCGGAGGCCAAGCUCCAGGGUCAUCUUGGGGGGUCAGACGAAGGUACGACGGCAGCCUGUUCAUCACCCCCCAGCCUGUAGAGCUGGAUCCUGUAGUGGAAGCAAUCAAGGAAGGAGAUGAAAGUGCCCUGCUCAAUAUGAUGAAAUCAGGGAAGAACCUUUCUGAACCUAAUAAGGAUGGAUGGAUACCACUGCACGAAGCUGCCUACUACGGCCAAGUAGGCUGCCUGAAAGUGUUGCAAAGAGCAUACCCUGGAACCACUGAUCAGCGUACGCUUCAGGAAGAGACAGCGCUGUACAUAGCAACAAGCAGAGGAAACCUGGACUGUCUACUUUCUUUGCUGCAAGCCGGGGCUGAACCUGAUAUUACAAACAAAUCCAGGGAGACUCCACUCUAUAAAGCCUGUGAACGCAAAAACAUCGAAGCUGUAAGGAUGCUGGUGCAGUACAAUGCCGAUGCAAACCACCGGUGCAAUCGGGGAUGGACUGCUCUCCAUGAGGCCGUUUCUCGGAAUGACAUAGAAAUAAUUGAUAUCCUGAUCAAAGGGGGAGCCAAGAUUGAAAGCAAGAACACCUAUGGGAUCACCUCUUUAUUUGUAGCUGCCGAGGGUGGGCAGUUAGAUGCUUUGCGAUACCUUGCCAAGUGUGGGGCUGAUAUCAACACCCAAGCCAGCGAUAGUGCCUCUGCUCUUUAUGAAGCCUGUAAAAAUGGACAUGAAAAGGUGGUGGAGUUUCUCUUGUCCCAAGGUGCAGAUGCUAACAAAACCAAUAAGGAUGGUUUAUUACCGCUUCAUAUAGCAUCCAAAAAAGGCAAUUAUGAGAUAGUCAAAAUGCUGCUCCCCGUGACCAGCCGCACUCGGGUCAAGCGCAGCGGCAUCAGUCCACUCCAUCUUGCAGCUGAACGCAACAACAACGACAUCUUGGAAGAGCUAAUUGAGGCCGGCUAUGAUGUGAACACCACCCUCUCCUUUGAGAGAGCCCGGCUCUACGAGGACAGGCGCAGCACCGUCCUCUACUUCGCCGUCAUUAACAAUAACAUCUACGCCACAGAGCUGCUGCUGCAAGCCGGCGCCAACCCCAACAUCGAUCUUAUCAACCCCCUGCUAAUCUCCAUUCGCCACGGUUGCCUGAAAACCAUGAAGCUGCUUUUAGACCACGGGGCGAAUAUUGAUGCGUACAUUUCUAGCCAUCCCACUACUUUCCCAGCCACCAUCAUGUUUUCAAUGAAGUACCUCAGUGUCCUCAAAUUUCUAAUGGAUCUGGGCUGUGACGCCGACUCCUGUUUUAAGUGUCAGUAUGGAAAUGGCCCACAUCCUGUGCUGGAUCAUAGAAGGGACAGAUUGGAUGAUACCCCGGUGAACAAACAGCCAAACAUAGUACAGUUUUGUGAUAUGGUGUCUGCUCCGGAGAUGAAUCGCUGGGCCGGGCCUAUUAUCGAUGUUCUCCUGGAUUAUGUGGGCAAUGUGCAGCUCUGUGCCCGGCUAAAGGAGCACAUAGACAGCUACGAGGACUGGGCAGUUGUUAAAGAGAAAGCAGAGCCCCCCAGGCCUCUCGCUCACCUUUGCCGGAUCAAGGUUCGAAACAUGAUUGGGAGAAACCGCAUUUCACUGAUUGACACUUUGCCUCUGCCGGGCAGACUGAUUCGAUACCUACAGUAUGAUUAUUCACAGUGACCUCGUGCAAACCUGGUGAUUAGCAGCUUCCUUGUGCAACAACCCAAUUCAUUAGAGAGGAGAAUAUUCACAUGAUCAUGUUGAACAAACUGCAUGAUGGGAGUGAACCUGUGUCACAUGUCACACAGGAUCACCCCAUAGCUAAUCGGUGUGCAUUAUAAUGCUGGAAAGGGAGAGAGAAGAAACAGAGAGUGAAAGACCCAGAGUGACACAGACAGGACAGACUAUCCUUUGAUUUUUUUUUCCAAAAGAAAACAAGUGCUUUGGAAUGUUACACACCUCAGAGAUCUGUAGGGAAGGGGACAGGAAUGCCAGCACUGAAAAACUAACAGAGUCAAAGCCACGUGACAUUGCGGGAUUCAAAAAGGACUUGAGGGUCUUUCAGAAGUUAGAGUUCUUCAGUGCUCAGGAGUCAGUAAUUGUCAAGAAUCUGCAUAUCUAGGGAAACAAUCACAUUUCCCUGAAUGUUAUUUUGUUUUCUGUCAUGUUAGACUGAGCGGUUUGCUGGUUGCUAAUUCUCUGGUACCUUGACAUUAUCUCUCUCACCUAUUUAUUUUUUUGUUUCCUUGGCCUUUUCACUUGAUUUCCAAGCGUUCAAAACUCAGAGCUUUUGAGAAGAUUUUUUCUCCCCAACAAAGACAUUUUGUAAAUAUUGGUGCAAACCAAGAAGACUUGACUCAUCCUAAACUCCUGUUAAAGUCAGUGGACAUUUUAUUUGAGUAAAAAUACCAGGACUGAAGGAUUUAGCUCACAGUAAAUACUGUUUCUGGUAUAUUAAAUGUGCAUAAGAAGUAGACAGGG